GUUUGUUAUGUGUAGUACAAGCCUUUACGUGCUAGAGUUAUCAAUUUAUUCUUGUACUAUACAAGUAUAUAGUCAGAAUCAGGGUCGGUGUGAGGCCUCGAUUAUACACCAGCAAGUUUAUAUGGUCAGCUGAAUCGGUGAGACACUAAGUUACAGUUGUAUUUUGUUGCACUUGAUGUAAAAUAUAUGUAAUCUUCUUCUAGUUCCUGUAACUAAGAAAUUACAGAAUUUGUGUCUCUAUCGACAUUGAAUCUGCUUGGUGUUCCUCUGUCCGAUAAAUUCGUGCAAACUGCUUGGUAUCUUGUUCAUAUCUACUCAUGAUGGAGGACGGUACACAUAUAGGCAAUCAGUCAAAAGAACCAGAGGCAAAGGGCAUGAGCAAAAAUAUGAAAAAGUUUCUGUUAGUAUUCAACUGCUUGAUACUAAGUAUAGGCAACUGUAUUGCUCCUCUUACGAACCGGCUGUAUUCUGUCAAAGGCGGAAAGAGAGUUUGGUUGAUGUGUGCUUUAGAAACAGCUGGUUUCCCAUUUCUCUUGAUUCCAAUCAUAAUAUCCUACUUUCAUCGUCGAAGGAAGGGAGGCCCAAAAACUAAAUUUUUUACAAUGUCGCCUGUCCUCAUCCUUCCAUGUAUUGUCAUAGGAAUUCUCACUGGUGCAGAUGAUUAUAUGGACUCUGCUGGUGUUUCCCGUCUUCCUGUUUCUACUUAUUCUCUGGUACUAGCCAGCCAAUUAGGGUUCACUGCUUUCUUUGCCUGGAUUCUUGUUAAGCAGAAGUUCACUUUUUUACACUUCAACGCUAUAUUACUAUUGACAGCUGGAGCUGUAGUCCUUGCAUUUCAUUCAGGUUCCGAUCUUCCAGCUAAGGAAUCCAAAGCGGAUUAUAUAUUAGGAUUUUUAAUGACACUUGGAGCUGCAACGUUGUAUGGAUUUGUUCUUCCAGUGAUAGAGCUCGUGUACAAGAAAGCUAAACAAACCAUUACCUAUUCUGUUGUCAUGGAGAUGCAAUUUUAUAUGGCCUUGGCUGCUACUGCCUUUUGCAUGGUCGGGAUGAAAAUAAAUCAUGAUUUUCAGGCAAUUCCCAGAGAGGCAGAGAAAUAUGAGCUCGGCAAAGCCAUGUAUUAUUUGGUACUAAUAGGCGAUGCAUUUCUUUGGCAACUAUUUUUCUUGGGGGCAGUUGGAGUCAUAUUUUGUCACAGUUCGUUACUCUCUGGUAUACUGAUAUCAGCUCUGUUACCUCUUUCGGAAGUCUUGGCAGUAUUUAUCUUCAAUGAGAAAUUUACACCUGAGAAGGGAAUGUCUCUUUUUCUUGCUUGUUGGGGCUCCUUAUCCUACUUCUAUCAAGAAAUUCAGUUAAACAAGAAAAAGACGCUUGCUGCAGAAAACGAAUGUAAAUCCAUAGAAAUGCCUGGAGAAAUAAAGAAAGAGAAUGGCAUCACGGAAGAUGAUGGUCAAUCCUCAGAUAUUCCUUGAAAAUCAGUAUGGCAAAAUUAAUAUUAGGUAUCGAAAAUAAGCUAGCCUUGUAACCUGACUAUAUCUGAUUCUUCCACUGUAGGCAGGUUUCUAUUGGCAAUAGUCGUUAGAUUCAUAUUUAAGUAUAGUACAUGGAAGAAACAGCUAGACUUGCAGUGUUUUUUCAGUUCUGUUUUUCUUAUAAAAAAAAUCUGUGUAAUAGUUUUCAAAACUUGUUCAGACAACUUAUGAUCAAACGGGCAUUAUUUUAUCUA